UAACUCCAGUCGCUCACUCCACUCCCUCUGCUGGUCUCGGCCGUGUCUUCGGUCCUCUGGGAUUAUCUCUACGUUCGUUGUUCACAGUGUGCAGCUUAUAACGAUGAAGAUGGACGAGACUCUCCGCAAUUUGGUUCUGGUACACGAGAUCGGACGAAAGAACAAAUUCAGCGUGGCUGUUCUCCUGGCCUCCACAGCAGCCGUGACGGUCGCCAUCAGUAACAAACCCCCUUAUUUAACCACGUCGAACACCGGGGAAGCAAAGGGAACGGCUGGCAAAGUGAAGAUAAACAGGUGGCCGCCCCUGGAGAUUGCCUGCUCCGCCAGCGCCUUCCCCAUCGCCUGCAGCAACGACGCCACGUGCCCAGCCUCCAGAAAAUGCUGUUUCGACUCGUGCAGUCAGCGCCAUGUUUGCCAUCUUCCUUCACCUUUGUAAUGUCAUCUUCAUCAUCAUGUCUUCGCGUUCCCAUGUUUCAUCCUGCACUGUCAACAUCAUGUCUAUAGGUUGUCAUUAUUCUAUCAUCUCCAGUUGCCACACCAUGCUCUCUCCUCUUCUCAUUUCUAAAUAACUUAUAUACGAUUUUCCUCCACACGAGAGCGUGUUGAUUGUGACAAAGUGUAUAAAGAUUUUUUUUUUCGUGAAAUAAGUCAGGUACGCUGUGUUUUGAAGCAAGUAAAACAUCAUUUAGUGCCUCAUAUCCGGUGAUUUAGUUUAUGGCGUAAUAAAUAUUUAUUUAACAGUU